CCAUAGACCUACCACCAGAGCAGCGAUAUGCUCCAUAAUAAUGCAGGUUACUGGUGGUAGGUCUAUGGUAUAACCCACACGAAACUCCCCAUUGGAAUUCCCCCAUUGAUAUUGUGCGAGGGGUAUUUGAGCUUCUCAGCUCAGCCCUGGAUUGUCAAUACGAGUUGUGUUACUGAUCCGAUUGACACUUGACUUCAUAACCUUCUCUCACACUCGCGCAGAUCAGACGUGUUGGAGUAUUUCCACAACAUUUAUUGUAACGACAUUCAUCAGAGCAGCAUUAUAGUAUCAUCCACCAUGUCGAUGUCGAGGUUUGCCAGAGAUCAAGACGUCAAGUUUAAACGACCCGUCCAGAACGAAGAGGACUUCGAGGCCAUCUUCCAUGAAGUAGCGGGAGAUCUAAUGCAAAAUGGACCCGGGACUGGACUGCGAGUCGUCUCUAGCCCCCCUGUACUUUCGGAAAGGACUCGUUGUGAUCUACGAGAGAUGCGGACUAGUUUCAACCAACAGUUUGGUCCACAGAUUCUACGCAUGGCUGAGGAGUGCCGAGCAGCGAUGAGGGCUGGACAUCGAGAAGUACUACGGUUCUUCUCCGAAGUCACUAGAGAUGUCUUGGCGGACGGAUAUUCGUGGAGUUCUAUCUUCUUCCUAAUAUUCGUGGUGCUGUCAAUCUUAGGAAUCGUGGGGUUUGGAAUUUUGAGUUCUCGUGUCAUUCCUCUUCUUUGGCGGGUGGUCCGUGGCUUUGUUACUGGAAAAUAGAUACUGGACAGUGCAAGAUGAAAUGCAAUAG